UUCAUGUAAAAGCUAAAAGUCCAGCGAUUGGCCGCGUGUCCACAUUUUCAAAGUUCUGGACUUCUCUCGCUUUCGAGAUCAUCGAAACAAAGAAUUAUUGGGAGAAGCUAAAUGGGUUGGAUCCCGUGUUCUGGGAAGAGUUCAAAGAGAAGGAGGAAGAUUGACGAAAAGCUCGACAGAACUUGCUCUGUCUCUACUUCAGAGAAAUCGUCGGCGAGUGAAUCCAAAAGCAAAGGGUCUGAUAAUAUUGUGGCACAAACGUUUACGUUUUCUGAGCUAGCUACUGCCACCAGAAACUUCAGGAAAGAAUGCCUUAUAGGAGAAGGAGGAUUUAGUAGAGUUUAUAAAGGAUACUUAGCAGGCACUAGCCAGAGAGCGGCUAUCAAGCAGCUUGAUCAUAAUGGUUUACAAGGAAACGGGGAGUUCCUCGUUGAGGUUCUCAUGUUGAGUAGUCUUCAUCACCCAAAUCUUGUUAACCUAAUUGGUUAUUGUGCUGAUGGAGACCAAAGGCUUCUCGUCUAUGAGUACAUGCCUCUAGGGUCACUGGAAGAUCGUUUGCACGACAUAUCACCUGGUAAACAGCCUCUUGACUGGAACACCAGGAUGAAAAUAGCUGCAGGUGCUGCAAAAGGCUUGGAGUAUCUGCACGACAAAACCAUGCCUCCGGUGAUCCACCGGGGUUUGAAAUGCUCCAAUAUUUUGCUCGGAGAUGACUACUAUCCCAAGCUAUCUGACUUUGGUUUGGGUAAACUUGGCCUGGUGGGUCACAAGCUUGAACUCAGUCGUUUAUACGGAUACUGCGCUCCAGAGUAUGCAAUGACAGGCCAGUUAACACUCAAAUCAGACGUUUAUAGCUUCGGUGUGGUUCUUUUGGAGAUUAUAACUGGUAGGAAAGCCAUCGACAAUUCAAGAUCUACUGGAAAGUAUACUCUGGUCGCAUGGGCGAGGCCUUUAUUUAAAGACAGGAGAAAAUUCUGUCAAAUGGCAGAUCCAGUGAUUCAAGGUAGAUACCCUCCAGGAGGAUUGCGCCAAGCACUCGCUGGAGCAGCAAUGUGUGUGCAAGAGCAACCAAACCUAAGACCUGUCAUUGCUGAUGUUGUCACUGCACUCAAUUACCUCGCCUCCCAGAAGUUUGAUCCUAUGGCUCAGCCCGUCCAAAGCUCCCUUUUCGCUCCGAGUCCACCUAGAUCAGAGAGGGUCUGAAAAAUAAACAAAUCCCAAUAAUUGUUAACCCUUAGACCGAUCCUGAGCUGUGUUUUGAGGGGGGAAUAUGUUUCAGUAUAUGGUAUUGAGUAAUGGUCUUAAGAGCUGUUUGUAGAUAGGAAUGUGUAAAGAAGAAAGAGAAUUACAUAGAGUUCGGUUGUAGCCUGUAGGUGAUGUUCUUUGACUAUGUAGCAUUUGUGUUCAGCAUAUGGUAUUUAUAGUUCAUAUGGUA